AUGGAGCAUUCAACGUGGCGCCGGCACUUCGGUGGCUCGAAGCUCCUCUUCUACUUUCUUUUCUACGGUUUGCACAUUGGCAUUUUCAUUUUUGGAUGGUACAAGCAGGCCGCGGAUAUCCGACUCGCUCCCCUUAAUACCCUACAGUUCUCCGUGUGGAUUUCGCGAGGCGCCGGCUUGGUGCUCUCCGUCGAUGGCGCUCUCAUUCUCCUCCCCAUGUGCAGGACGCUGCUGCGAUACGUCAGACCCAAGUUCAGAUGGCUUCCACUCGACGAGUCGCAGUGGUUCCACCGACAAGUUGCUUAUUCUAUGCUUUUCUUCAGUUUGGUGCAUACCAUCGCUCAUUAUGUCAACUUUUUCAACGUCGAGAAAACCCAGGUCCGCAAGGAAACCGCUGUCCAGAUUCAUUACACCCAGGCCGGCGGUAUCACGGGCCACAUCAUGCUCUUGUGCAUGCUUCUAAUGUACACCACCGCCCACGCCCGCAUCAGGCAGCAAGCCUUCGAGACCUUCUGGUACACCCAUCAUCUUUUCAUCCCAUUCAUGCUUGGCCUCUACACUCAUGCCACUGGCUGCUUCGUGCGUGACACUCUGAAGCCCAUCUCUCCACUUGCCGGUGACGAAUUCUGGAACCACUGUAUUGGCUACGAAGGCUGGAGAUGGGAGCUGUGGGGCGGUGGCAUCUACCUCAUCGAGCGACUGUAUCGCGAAGUGCGUGCUGCACGAGAGACCAAGAUUACAAAGGUCGUUAGACACCCAUACGACGCCAUGGAAAUCCAGUUCAGCAAGCCAAGCAUGAAAUAUAAAGCCGGACAGUGGCUGUUCAUUCAGGUUCCCGGCAUUUCGCGCGCCCAGUGGCAUCCUUUCACUAUCACAUCCUGCCCCUUUGACCCCUACAUCAGUAUCCACAUCCGCCAAGUUGGGGACUGGACCAAGGCUCUUGGAAACCGUCUAGGUUGCGGUCCCGAGCAAUCCAAGGAUAUCAACGGCCUUGACCCUCUUGGAAUGUACGAAAUUGCCGUGCAGAAUGGUCAGACCAUGCCCAAGAUCCGCAUUGACGGCCCCUACGGCGCCCCCGCCGAGGACGUCUUCGACAACGAAAUCGCCGUGCUCAUUGGCACGGGUAUCGGCGUGACGCCCUGGGCCGCCAUCCUCAAGAACAUCUGGCACCUCCGCGCGGGACCCAACCCGCCCACGCGCCUGCGCCGCGUCGAGUUCAUCUGGAUCUGCCGCGACACCAGCUCCUUCGAGUGGUUCCACGCGCUGCUGUCCUCGCUGGAAUCGCAGUCGGCCGCCGACGCCCGCGCCGGCCAGCAGUUCCUACGCAUCCACACCUACCUCACGCAGCGCUUCGACCAGGACACCGCCGCCAACAUCAUGCUGAACUCCGUCGGCCAGCAGGUCGAUCCGCUGACCGAGCUGCGCACCGGCACCAAGUUCGGUCGCCCGGACUUCCGCAGCUUCUUCACCGCCCUGCGUUCCGGCCUCGUCGACCAGACCUACAUGCCCGGCCUCGACGCCUCGCUGCGGACCGACGUCGGCGUGUACUUCUGCGGGCCCAAUGUCGCCGCCAAGGAGAUCAGAAAGGCGGCCAAGGAGUGCACGUCGCGAGAGGUGCGCUUCAGGUUCUGGAAAGAACACUUCUAA